AUGGAGACACUAGAAUUACUCAGAGACCAAGAGCUCAUGCUCAAGACAUUGAACAGCUGCCAUACUUUUUCACUCAACACCCCAGAAACAAAAGAGGAAGCCAAAAAGCUCUCACUUGAAGACUUUCUGAAACUGAUACUCAGCAUAUUGCAUGCCUGGAACAACCCUCUACACCACUUACUGGAGGAACUCAGUGCUAUGCCAGGAGCCCGUGAUGAUAUUCUAUCAAGAGUUGAAGAUAUUGAGGUAAAACACAAAGAGCUUCAGGAGAGCAUCAUGAGGAUAGUCAGCAGGGUUCAUCCUGGAAUGGAAGGAAAUUAAGAGUACCCUGUCUGGUCAGAGCUUGCAUCCUUACAAUCAGUGGAGGAAAAAUCACGUUUUUUUUUUGUUUGUUUGUUUGUUUGGUUUUUUUUUUUUGUUUUUUUUUUUGCUCUUUAUAAAUUAUCCUACUGCCUUUGUGUUGGCACAGAUAAGGUUAAUAUUUAUCUCAGACUCCCGAGUUGA